AUGUACUCACCGCGUGUCGGCGAUGGCCUCGACAGCCUGGACACCCCCUCCAUGAUCGUUAACCUCGAUCUUAUGGAGUCCAACAUCAAAAAGCUAUUCGACAAUUUUCUGCCUACUGGUCGCAAAGUACGACCUCAUAUGAAGACCACAAAAAGCGCUGUUCUUGCCCGCAAGCUGGUCGCCGCCGGCGCAACGGGCUGUUGUGUGGCGAAAGUAUCUGAGGCGGAGGCCAUCACCGCGGCCGGUUUCGAUGAUAUUCUCAUCACUUGCGAAAUCGUCGGUGCUCCCAAAGUGAAGAGGCUUGUGGAGCUCUUCCGAAAGCACAAGGACAUCAGAAUUGUGGUGGACAGCGAGGUGGGCGCAACCGCAAUCAAUGACGCCCUGAGCCAGUCUGGCAUCGAUCAGCCGUUGACUACCCUGAUUGAUCUCGACGUGGGACUGCACCGAACCGGAGUUGCGCCUGGAGAGCCGGCCUUGGCUCUCGCGAAGCACAUUGCGACGCUGCCGCAUCUGCGGUUGAUUGGUGUCCAGGGCUACGAGGGGCAUCUUCAACAUCUUCACGACCGUGAAGACCGCAAGAAACAGUGCCUUGAGUCGAUGAAAACGCUGGUCGACACUGCAGAGCAACUGCGAAAAGAGGGGUUCACUAUCGACGUUGUCACCACUGGAGGAACAGGAACUGGGGAGUUCUGUGCGCAGGUGCCCGGUGUAACCGAGCUACAGCCCGGCUCUUUCAUUUUCAUGGACACCGAUUAUCGAAACGCAGUUGGCACAUUUUACUCGAAUAGUCUUACCCUUUUGGCGACGGUAGUCAGCAAACAGGGCGAACGUCAGGUCACGAUUGAUACGGGCCUCAAAUCCUUGACGACGGACAGUGGACUGGCAGAGUGCAAGGAUUCCAGGUACAGACAUGCGAAUCUUGGCGAUGAGCACGGCUCAUUGACGUGGGACGAGGGAACGCCGGCGCUUAAUGUGGGAGAUCGGGUUGAGAUGAUUCCCAGCCACAUCGAUCCGACUAUCAACCUUCACGACUUCUACUACGCACACAGAAAUGGGGUUAUUGAAGAGAUUUGGACUGUGGACUCAAGAGGAAAGGUCCAAUAG